UGAUCUUGGAAGAGAGAAAAAAAUGCAUGUUUUUUUCAAUAACAUUUCAUUCAAAUUUAACAAAUUCCAAUAACAAUUUUUAUAAUACACUUUGAUAUCUGGUAUGGUUAGAUCAUCUUCCAUCAUAUUAUUUUUCACUAUUUCCAUUGAUAAUCUUGACCUUGUUUAGUGAAAAAUAAUAUGAUGGAAGAUGAUCUAACCAUACCAGAUAUCAAAGUGUAUUAUUAUAAAGUACUUAUCUUCAAACUAAUCUAUUAUUGAUGAAGAAAGAGUAGUGAAUCCGUGGAAUAGAGUAGGUACACACAAUAUGCACAGUAGAAAUGACUUUAGUAAUGUUGUGUUUCUUACAUGCAAAAAUCCAUAUUUUAGGGUCAAGAACUCACUGGGUCAAAAACUGCUGGGAAAACCAGAAAGCAUUUUGCCAGAAACUAGAUGUAGACCAAUGCGGCACAUCAUGUAUCAAGAUAAGGUCAAAGUGGCAUUUGAUUUAUGCAUUCAGGGUAAUGCCAAAUUUAAAUUAGGGGGAAAAGAAUUAUCAAAUAAAGGACAGAGAACAUGAUAGGAGGUGCAAUGGAUCAUAUUCAUUACCUUUAAAAGUUUUCCACACAAAACCAGAGAGAAAGAAGAAAAAUGGGAAAAAAUUUAAAGAUCUGAUUAAGGCCUCAUUUCUCAAAGAUAUAGAGCACUGGAUCAACUUUAUAAAGAAUACAGGUUGUUCCCCAAUUCAUAGAUCCUAAAAUUAUAUGAAUAAUCAGUUUUCAGAUGAAGAAAUAAAAACUGUCUCUAGCCACAUAAAAAAGCACUAAAUCACUAUGAAGAAUACAAAUUUAAACAACUCUUACUUACCUUUUCAUGCCUAUCAAAUUUUCUUAACGAGACAGGAAAGGAAAAUGAAAAAUGUUGGAGGUGAUGGGGGAAUAUUUGAGACACUAAUGUACAGAUCGUGGAAUUGUGAACUGAUUCAUCUAUUCUAGAGAACAUUGUGGAUAUAUGCUCAAGGAGCUAUGCAAUUGUGCAUAUUCUUUGACUUGGCAAUAUCACGACUAAGACAGUAUCCCAAAGAGAUUAUAAAUUUUUAAAAAAUGAAAAGAAAAUGUCCCUAUAUGUACAAAAUAAUUCAUGGCAGUUCUUUUUCGUGUUGAAGAACUUAAAAUUUCAGGGAUAACAUUCAAUUGUGAAAUGGCUGAAAAUUUUGUGGUAUAUGAUUGUAAUAAUAUUAUUGUGACAUGAAAUGAUGAUUAAGAUGCUUUCAAAAAACCUGGAAGACUUAUAUGAACUGAUGCAUAAUGAAGGGAGCAGAAGCAGAACACUGGGUGCAUGAACAGCAAUGCUAUGCAAUGAUCAAUUGUAAAUGACUUUGCUAUGCCCAGAAAUACAAAGAUUGAAAGACAGUUCUGAAGAACUGAAAAAUGUUAUCCACUUACAGUGGAAAAGGUGAUGGAAUCUAAAUGCAGAGCAAAACAUAUUUAUUUUACUUUAUUUUCCUUUUUACCUGGUAUGUUUUAUUUCUCAACAUGAUGAAUAAGGAAGGAAAUAUGUUUUACAUGACUGCAUAUGUAUAAUCUUUAUCAAAUUGCUUACCUUUUUAAUGAGGUUGGAGACCAGGGUGAGUAGGAAAGAAUUUGGAAGUUAAAAUAGAUUUUAUAUGUCCUUAGAAAAAAAUUUAAUUAUUAAAAAUGUCUUAAUGUGCUUAUAUGCUGAAAGGUAGAAAGUUCAGCAAAAUCAUUGGUCUAGGGGAGACUGUAACAGAGUCAGAUAUAUAUUGCUAAUUAUUAAGGAAAAGAUACCGGUAAAGUAUAGGUGGAUGGCUUAUAAUUCCAGUGCAAAGCUAGACUGACCAGGCCAACUGUACUGGGAGGAAAUUUUAUUCUUACUGUUGCUUCAGAUGUUUUAGGCUUUCAUUAUUAUUACUAUUAUUAUUUUUGUAUUUAUAGGUGACAACGAACUGGGGCUUUGUACUUGUAUCUUCUUUGAUCCAGCAGAUGAGGAUGGAAAGGAACCAGGGGUUUUUAUAACUGAAAUUAUUGAAGGAGGUGCAGUUCACAAACUUGGAUGUAUCCGUGUAUUUGACCAGAUUAUUAAAAUAGGUGACAUCAAUCUAAUUGGAUUGGAUGAAGCAGAAAUCGUCUCUACUUUUAAAAAAAUGGACGAUUCUCCUUUCCAGAUUGAAAUUGGCCGCGAACCACCUGAAGUCAAGUCAGAACUUAUCGAACUCCUUGAGUUGUCAGAGGAAAGGAAGAAAUAUUUUAUGGAUUCGCUCAUAGUACAGGAAAAAAUUGGAGAUAUCACUAUUGUGAGAGGACAAGCAAGUAUUUGUAGAAGUCCAAGAGUACCAUGGUUCUGGAUGGCCAGUGACCUGAAAUUUGUUAUUGGGGUACUGAAAAUAUUAAUAGAAGAAGAUCAGGGAUGUAGAAAAGACAUCCAAGCUAUCUUUGAGCAGGCUAACAUUUUUCAAGACAAUUAUAAAGACAUGAACACAUACAAUGUGAAUAUGGAACAGAAACCUGAUGAAUCAGAUAAAGAAGGCACAUUUUUACCAUUGGCCCCAGAAGAAGAAUUUUUACUAGGACAAUUUAAAAUAAAGCCUAAAGAGAUAAAAAAUGAAGAUUUAUCACCAGAGCAAUUAUUAGCCCAAGGGGAUUUCAAUUCAGGUGAGAAAAAUGAGGCUCAGAGAAGACAUUCAGAUAGUUACCUUCCCAGCUGUGACUUCAUGGCUUCUGGCUCUAAAAUGAAGAACAUAGAGACCCCAAUAAAAAAAGAAAAAGAAGAAGAUGAAAUAGUAGUGGAGGAAGAGAUUAUUAGCACUGGAAAACCUACAGAGGGAAAGGCUAAAAAGAGAUUUUCCUGGUUCCGCAAUAUCAAAGAACGCAAGCUGUGGAACUUCUUUCAUUUUAAAAAACAUGACAAACAAGUAAAGAAUGUGCACAAGUGGGAAGAAAUUGAUCAAGAGGUAUUGGAAGAUUACUGUCCUUAUUCUACUGAAGCCCCUAAAACAUUGCCAACAGAGUGGACAAAUAUUGAAGUUGGUAAUUGGUUAUGGAGCAUUGGAAUGGAGGAGUAUGUUGUAAAAUUUUAUUGUAAAGGAAUAAGUGGUGAAAAACUCCUUACACUGGACAAUCGCUCGCUAAAAGAAAUCGAAGUCAACAAGAAGAAAGACCACCGGAAAAUACUUAAGGCUAUUAAGAAAGUUAGAGAUUUUUGGGAAAAAAAUCAUCAUUUCGUCUUAUUAUAGAAAUUGAUGGAAAGAAGACACAGAACCUGAAAGAUGGCAAAAAUGGAAAAUGCAAUUACUUUUGUUAUAUUGACUUUUCAUCAUUUUACUUCUGUUACUUUUGUUAUAUGAACUUUUAAGGGAUUUUACUUCCAUGUUACUUUUGUUAUAUGAACUUUUAAGGGAUUUUAGUUCCAUGUUACUUUUGUUAUAUGAACUUUUAAUAAUUUUAUUACUGUUACUUUUGUUAUUAUUAACUUUUAAUUAUUUCACUUUCAUGUUACAUUUGUUAUAUGAACUUUUAAGGGAUUUUACUUCCAUGUUAUUUUUGUUAUUAUUAACUUUUAAUCAUUUCACUUCCAUGUUACUUGUUAUAUGAACUUUUAAUCAUUUUAUUACUGUUACUUUUUUUUAUUAAUUUUUAAUCAUUUCACUUUCGUGUUACAUUUGUUAUAUGAACCUUUAAGGGAUUUUACUUCCAUGUUACUUUUGUUAUAUGAACUUUUAAAGGAUUUUACUUACAUGUUACUUUUGUUAUAUGAACUUUUAAGGGAUUUUACUACCAUGUUACUUUUGUUAUAUGAACUUUUAAUCAUUUUAUUACUGUUACUUUUGCUAUUAUUAACUUUUAAUCAUUUCACUUUCAUGUUACUUUUGUUAUAUGAACCUUUAGGAAUUUUACUUCCAUUUUACUUUUGUUAUAUGCACGUUACUUUUGUUAUUGUUAACUUUUAAUCAUUUCACUUCUAUGCUACUUUUUUAUAUGAACUUUUAAGCAUUUUAUUACUGUUACUUUUGUUAUUAUUAACUUUUAAUCUUUUCACUUCUAUGUUACUUUUGUUAUAUGAACUUUUAAGGGAUUUUACAUCCAUGUUACUUUUGUUAUAUGAAGUUUUAAGGAUUUUACGUCCAUGUUACUUUUGUUAUAUGAACUUGUAAGGGAUUUUACUUCCUUGUUACUUUUGUUUCAUGAACCUUUAGGGAUUUUACUUCCAUGUUACUUUUGUUAUAUGCACGUUACUUUUGUUAUUAUUAACUUUUAAUCAUUUCACUUCUAUGUUACUUUUGUUAUAUCAACUUUUAAGGGAUUUUACAUCCAUGUUACUUUUGUUAUAUGAACUUUUAAGGAAUUUACUUCUAUGUUACUUUUGUUAUAUGAACUUUUAAUGGAUUUUACUUCCAUGUAACUUUUGUUAUAUGAACGUUUAAGGUAUUUUACUUCCAUAUUACUUUUGUUAUAUGAACUUUUAAGGAAUUUACUUCCAUGUUUCUUUUGUUAUAUGAACUUUUAAGGGAUUUUACGUCCAUGUUACUUUUGUUAUAUGAACUUUUAAUCAUUUUAUUACUGUUACUUUUGUUAUUAUUAACUUUUAAUCAUUUCACUUUCAUGUUACAUUUGUUAUAUGAACUUAUAUGCAUAUAAAUCUCAUAUACUCACAGCUUAGCAAAGGACCAGACACAUAAAAAGCAUUUAAUAAAGGUCAUUUUUUUCUUUCUAUAUACACAUGACAAGAUGUAUAAAUAUAUACAUACACACAUUUAUAUAUGUGUCUCUGUGUGUGUAACUUACAUCUAUAUAUACACCUCUAUCAAAAAACAGGAUACUUUUUUAUCAAACCUCUCCUAACAUCAUUCUAACUGCAAAUGGUCUGGUCACUGUAAUUUCCCAGUUUUUAUGGCACUUUCACUAAUUUUGUCUUUGAACAUCUUUACUAGUCCAUUCUACAAAAUUAUAAUCUCCUUGGAGACAGAAUCUGUCUUUUCCCUUUCAUAUACAAUACUACACACAGAGAGUGGUUUCAUUUUAUAAUAUUAAGUAGGAAGACUUACUAUGAAGUCCUCCUUCUAAUGUCCAUCCUGGAUGUCUAAACCUCACCAAGUCGGUAACAUCUUAGUGCUCUGGGAAACUCUCUGCAACUAGAGAGCAAUGGAAGUGACACUUUCCUUCAAAAAGUUAAUUCUUCACUGGGAGAUCUUUUUGCCUUUGAAUUCUAUCCCUAACCUCAUCUACUAUGUCUAUUCCUAUCCCCUUUCCCUUUCCCAUCCCCAUUUCGACCUCUAUACGAAUGUCUAUCCCUAUCCCUAACUUCAUGUUAAUCCUUAAAUCUAUUUUGAUUAUUAUUCCCUGACAACCUAUUCAUGGAAUUUGUGUAUAAGUAUUUUUCAUGUAUAGUAUUAAGGGGUUAAUUGGAGAGCAGAGAGGCCAGAUAAGUGGCUAGCAGGUACAAAUGAGUUAUUUAUGGAAUAGUUAUGAAUGCUGGAGAAAAAAAGGAUUGAAUAAAUUGAAAUUAAUAGAAUUAUUAUGGUUGCACAAAUUUCAGACUAACAACUUGAUAGAGAAACUUAAAAAAUACGUGAACAUAUCUGAAGUGAAUAUCGGAAAUCAGCCUGAGGAGACAGUAAAAGAAGAUAUAACAACAGGGCAAUUAUUGGCCGCAGAGGAUAUCAGUUUAGAUAUCACAAUUAAAAAAGAACAAGUAGAAGAAUUACUAGAACAGGAGAUCAGCAGUGGCAAACCUGCAAUGGGAAAAGCUCCAAUGCAGUUUUCCUGGUUUUGCAAUGUCCAAGGAUACAAUUGGAGGAACUUCUUUUGUUUUAAAAAACAUGAUAAACAAGUAAAGAAUGUGCGCAAGCAGGAAGAAACUGACCUAAAGCUGCUGGUGUCUGACUGGACAGAAACUCAAGUUGGCCAUUGGUUAAAGAGUAUUGGAAUGAAAAAAUAUAUCCGGAAAUUUGAUUAUAAAAGUGUAAAAAGUCAAGAACUUCUUGAAUUAGACAAUGAUGCAUUAAAAGUAAGCUUCAGAA